GUGACACCAUGUUUAUGUUUGUUGAUGGUGGUGGCGAGUCUUACACCAGCACUACUCACACUUCCACGCUAUCAUGGCUACCGUUGACAGGUUGUACGCCCUGUACAACACUAUUGCAGAUGCUAAAGACAAGGCAGGCGAGCAUAAAGCAGAGUUUGCAGAAAUACUGACUGGAGUAAAGGGUGGCACAGGAGAAAGACGACUCACCUCUCAGUUCAUUGCACGCUUUUUUCAGCAUUUUCCAGCCCACCAGGAGCAAGCCCUAAAUGCUUUGUUUGAUCUCUGUGAAGAUGAUGAAGUUACAAUUCGAAAACAGGCUAUUAAAGAUCUGCCCACUUUGUGCAGAGGUCGCACAGAAUUGGUACCCAAGGUAGCAGACAUCUUGGCCCAGCUGCUGCAGAUGGAAGACCAGGUUGAACUGGCAGCUGUACAAAACUCCCUUGUCUCUCUUCUGAAAACUGAUCCUAAAGGAACCUUGACUGGAUUGUUUUACCAGAUUGAACAUAGUGAAGACGAGUUAGUACGAGAGAGAUGCAUUCGUUUUCUUCACACGAAGAUAAAGUCACUUGGGUCACAAGUUUUCACAAGUGACGUAGAAACACUCAUUCUCACCGAGGCAAAGAAAGUGUUGCAGGUAGAUUCAUCAGAAGAAGAGUUCACCCUUGUGAUGGGCAUACUUCGAGAAUUAAAAACCUGCCAGACAGUGAAGGGUUACCAGCAAUUGGUUGACCUGGUGGCUGAGCAAGUUGAUUUCACCCGUCCCUUGGACCCGUCUGAUGUUGAGAGCGUUCAUCGCCUAACAUCUUGCACAAAGCAGGCCCUGCCAUAUUUUUCUUCCCAGGUGCGUUCUACACAGUUUGUUGAAUAUAUGUGGCGAGAAGUUGUACCAGCUCUUGACCACUUGGAAGCUGCUGUGAGUGAUGGGGGUAACAAUGCUGCACUCAUCCUUGAUCUUCUGAAAAUUAUAGCAGAGCUUGUUCCUCAUGCUGGCAAUUUAGAAGAUAUAGGAGGCAAAAUUGUAACCAUCUUUGAUAAACUGUUGGAAGUGAUGCCACUACCUCCAGAAGGAGAUGCAGCCACAGAGGCACUGGAAGGAGGAGUCAGCCUAGAGUUUUCCCGUGUAGAGUGUCUCCUCUUCGCUUUCCACCAACUUGCAAAGCAGAGUCCAGAAUUCCUAACUGAAGACGCAGAUCGACUAAAGGAUUUCAGGAUCAGGCUGCAGUACUUUGCCCGAGUUUCACAGGCAUAUCAGAAACGCUUAAGAGAGGCAUUAGCCAACAAAACUGGCGAGGAACUGAAGACUGAAGAAAACAAAAUCAAGCUGAUAGCUCUCAAAACUACAGCCAACAUCAAUAUACUCAUCAAAGAUCUUUUUCACCAGCCUCCAUCUUAUAAGGCAAGUAUUGCACUAUCAUGGAAACCAGCCUCUGCAGCAGGGAAGGCAAUGACAAAUGGAGCAGAGAAGCGACAUCCACCCAUCACAUACGAUUCCAGCAGCCCCAAGAGCCACAAGGAAGAACGUCCCAUUUAUGCUCCACCAAAAGACAAGUACAGCCAGAGAGCAGGCCAAUACUCUGGUGGAAAUUUCCGGGGUCGAGGCAGGGGACGAGGAAGAGGCUUUGGGUUUGCUUCCAGCCGAGGGCCCAUCUUCCGCUCCAGCUUCAGAGGGAGGCGAGGAAGUUUCAGGCCCUAUUAAUAAAAAUUAUGGAAAAAAUGAAAACAAAAGAGAGACUUUUAGAAUGUGGACAAAUUGUGAUGGGCACAGAAGGACACACUAAAGGUCUUAAAAUACAAAAUGGUGUAGGACAGAAGUUGAUACAGCACAAAGGCCAAGAAAGUUUUUCACAAAUUCUUAAAGGGUACCUGAAUGGAAAAUUAUCAAAAAGCUUCUUUGACAUUCAUUAAGUUCUUUUGAAAUGAGUAUGAUUUUGGGUCUCUUGUAUAUAAAAAAUAAAAUGGAAAAUUUCAUUAGACAUUUUAAGAUAAGACAGCAACAGAAUUCUCUUACAUUAAUAUUCAUGAGCUAUAAUUACUGAAGUUACAGGACUCCUGAACAGAUCAAAAAUUCUGUAUAUAAACUUAAACUUAUGCAAAUUACUGAUGAAUCAGUAAUGAAACUCUAUAUGAUCAUUUAAAAAUUGUCUUAGUUUGUGAACUAAAUCUAGAAAAUUAUUUUCCAUAAUAGAAGAUAUUAUGUGGCCAAUUAAAACAAUAAUGUGACUUAGAGAAGUACAGUACCAUAUAAGCUUGGGAAAUGCUGUUUUAGAAUAUAUUGUUUGAAGGGACCAUGUUACUGAAAACAUCCUCUGUGGUUUACUUUUAAAAUUGUGCAAAGAGCUUUCUAAGUUUCAUCCAUUGUUUAACCUCCCCAGGUUUUACUUUGUAAGAUAGUCAGUUAGAUGUAGCAAUUACUAGGGCAAGAAGCAAGUGUGCUUUCUCUUGAUUUUCUUCCUUGGGGAACCAGCAAAGAUUGUUAAGCUGGGCGUAGUGAUUGCAGUAAAUGUUAAUUAUAUAGUAAUACUGGCUAAAUUUUUAGCCAUUUAAUGAUAGAUACUACACCAAGAUCUGUAAAAGCUUUUAUUUUACAAUGUUGCUGUUAUAAUUUUUCUUUUAAACUGUAUAUUGACCCAUGGCCACCUACAAGUGAACCUGCUCUUCAGCAUAUGGUUAAAUUGUGUAACAACAGACAUUUUGUUGGCCCCUCUUCAACAUUUGAAAUGUGUGCCUCAUAAAUGUUUGACAAAGAAACACUGGAACACUUCAAGAGCCAUAAGGAUUUUCUUCUAGCGUGGUAUAGCAGUGUAUUCUGCUAUACAGGAAGAUCCCUCAGCAGCUACAUGGUAUCCUUGUUGCUCCUCACCUCUCAGCUGCAACAAACCGGCAACUCAUGGAUGAUGCAGUUAAGAUUUUUUUUUUUUUACUUUGUAUGCAAAAUCACACUCGGUUUGGCAUGUUUAAUUCCAGGUUUUCCGGUGGUUUACUUCUUUGAUUAAAGAGAUUGGUUAUGCUGAUCGUAGAGAUGUAUAAUUUACUUUGUUCUUACUAAUGCCCCUUUUUUGACAGGAUAAAAUGGUAUAACUGGUCAAAUUUACAUACCAGUGUACUGAUAAGGUGCAGUCCAGAAAUGUGCAUGGUGAGUUUCUGCAGUUAAUUGAUCCUUUCAAAUAACACAAUCUUAUUUUCAUAAGACAUUUAAUGGUAUUGGAUUGUAUUUCAUUAUAUUCAUAUUGAUUUUCUUUUCAGAUUAAUCAAGAUUGUAAUAAAGAUUCUAAUGACAGUCUGCUAAUGCUUUAGCAUUUGUAUAUAAAAUAUUUUUAUAAUAACAUUGUUUCCUAAUGAAGAAUUUUCCCACAGAAAAUUUUCACAUGGUUGUUCAGCUGUUAAAUGUGUGGCUGUCACUGUUUAGUAUCUGACUUCUUGUUCUUGGAAUUUUCCUUCUUUUAGGGAAUGGCAUCUCGUGGACUCUUCUGGUAAGCAUUUCAUUUGUUUUCAGGUGUUAAUGACUAUGAAGCACUAAUCAAAACAAGUAAAAUAUUGAACAUGUUAGUUAGGCUGUCAUGCUGAUGAAGCAGUUACUACAGUUGAACCACUUACAUUCUGAAGUGUUGCUUAAUCCCAAAGGAAUCUCUUUAAUUUGUGUGCUCUGAGUAUGUUGGUUUAAAUAAUGUGAUGCAGGGUGAAGGGCAGCAGUACCUCUUGUUGACCCACCUAGCUGCUUGAUACCACAAUCAACCUUCAUAUUUUAGUCACAAGUGACAAAGUUUGAAAACUGAAUUUUAUCUGAUAUUUAUCAAAUUCCAGUAUUCUACUUCAAUAUAUCUGCUUGAAAUUAUAAUAAUAGACAUGUUCCUUGUGCUAGAGAAAUAAGGACAAAAUAGAUAAUGGUGAUGACUCUAAGAGUAGUUGGAUCUUUACUAUCAUUCAGUUAUCAUGAAAAUAAAGAUGGAGACAAAUGGAAUAUGAAGAAAGUUUACUGAAAAAAGUAAAGAGUACAUUUUGUUGUGGAGGGAGGCUACAAGGACCACUUCAGCAGUUUAUUUAAUAUGUAGUUAUACCUUGCUUUACAUACAGUUUUAUAAUGAAGCGUCUAGCUCCAAAAUGUUUAAAUGAUAUACGAUGCUUCCUGUCCUUUGUGUUACUAAUGAACAUAGGAAGUGCACUUAUUUUUUUAAUUUUUAUACAUCGUUUUCUAUAUGUGUAUUCCUAGUUCUCAUUGUUACCAGAAUUCUGUCAUUAAAAGAGCUGGUCUUGAUGUAUCCAGAAUAGGAGAAAGUAUUUUGAAACAGGAAAAUUAAUUAUCAAAAGGUAGGGAGGAGAUGUAACAAAAACUAAAUUGUCACUUUUUUUUUUUUUAAUGCACUGGCCAUCUCCCACCGAGGCAGGGUGACCUGAGAAACAAAAUGAAAGUUUUCUUCUUACAUUUGGUAUAUUUAUACAGGAGAGGGGUUACUAGCCCCUUUCUUCGGGAAAUUUAGUUGCCUCUCAUGACAUUCAUGGCUUAUGGAGGAAGAAUUGUUUGCCACUUCCUCUUGGAGUUUACCAAAUGUACCUGUAUAAAUUGAGUGCAAUGUGGAGGAAGUGAUCAAUUAUUGCAGAUUGCUAUGUGGUGAUGCAACACUGAAUGUCAUCUAUAUGAAAACCAUCAGUCUGAGACUGAGUACUUCUUCUCAUUGCAAAGAUUUGGGCAUCUUAAAAUUAGUUUGUUGUCUGCUUACUUCAUAUACACUAGUAUAUAUUUGUUAUAUUCAAGGGAUGCCAUUUGAUACAAAAUAUGCAGUUGAAUAUUUACCUUUAUUAUGAGUAUACAUAUGUCAUUUAUUUGUAAUUUUUUUUCCUUGAGUUUAGUCUGCAUGAUUGUAGAGGACAGUUUAUAAAAUUCUGACUUAUUUUAUUGGGAUGGGGGAACGUGGGUUGUGGUUUGGUUUUACAUGUUAUGUAGAAUUAAUAUAACUGCCUCAGUGGGAGAUGGCCGACUUGUUGAAAAAAAAAA